AUGUAUGUAGCUAUAGUUUUGUGUUCCAGACAAUUUGAAGUUAUGGGUUCACUAAGUCCCUUGGAUCCAUCAUCAUUUUCUAGACCAGAGCAAGCGAUUAUCAAGCAUGUGGACUUGUCGUAUGAUGUGGAUUUUGAUAAAAAAGUUCUAAAUGGUGUUGCUGUCCUUACCAUUGAGGUGUUAGAUUAUAUUGAGAAUGUGAUAUUAGAUACGAGUGAAUUAGAUAUAAAAUCUAUUGAACUCAAAGAUGGUUCAGCACUACAAUUCGUGUUAGGUGAUCCUGUGCCUAAUUAUGGUUCAAAGCUGACAAUAGAUUUACCACAAUCGGCCGCUCCGGAGCAACAGUUGCAAAUAAAAAUUAAGUUUAACACCUCUCCGAAUGCUACCGCCUUGCAAUGGUUGGAUGCUAAUCAGACAUCCGGAAAAAAGCAUCCAUACUUAUUCAGCCAAUGUCAGCCGAUCCACGCUCGUUCAAUCCUGCCCUGUCAAGACACGCCGGCCGUUAAAUUCACAUAUGAAGCUGAAAUAACAGCUCCUGAACCAUUCACAGUAUUAAUGAGCGCUAUCAGGUUGAAUGCUAAUGCCAAUAAAACAAGCUUCAGCCAACCAGUGCCAAUACCUUCCUAUUUAUUGGCAUUGGCCAUUGGCGUAUUGGAAUCUAGAAAGCUUGGACCAAGCUGGACGGGGAAUUUGGUCACCAACAGAAACUUUGAGCACUUCUGGCUUAAUGAAGGUUUCACUGUGUUUUUGGAAAGGAAAGUAGCGGCUUCACUCAUACCUGACCCGGAGGAAUCUAGGAAAAGUAGAGACUUCCAUAGCUUACUAGGCUUACAAGAGCUCAGUGAAACUAUAAACAGCAAUCUGGGAGCUGAGAAUCCUCUCACUAGACUGGUACCAGAUUUAGAUCAAACACAUCCCGAUGAUUCAUUCUCUAGGGUUCCGUACGAAAAGGGUUCGCUAUUCCUACGCUACCUCGAAGAUUUGGUCGGUGGUGCAGCUGUUUUUGAUGAGUUCAUGAGAUCUUACCUCAACCAUUUCCAAAGCAAGUCUCUGGACACAGAUCAGUUUAAGGCGUACCUCUUAAACUAUUUCAAAGGCAAUGAGAAACUUGGACAAGUGGAUUGGGACAGUUGGCUGUAUAAAAGUGGAAUGCCACCAGUUAUACCGGAGUAUGACACAUCUAUGACAAAGUCUGUUAAUGAUCUACUCGCUAAGAUUAAUAGUUCCAACACUACAUUUUCCUAUGAAGACAUCAAGUCAUUCACACCACACCAGAUAAUAAAUCUAUUACAAUCCUUGAUCGAUCAAGAACCACUACCAGUAGAGAAACUCCGUUAUCUAGGCAAAGAAUACAAAAUAAAUGAUAGCAAGAACACAGAGAUAAUAUAUCGAUGGCUGAGAUUGUGUAUCAGGAGUAAGGAUCAAGAUAAAGUGGAUGAUGCACUGGCUUUUGUAAACCAUCAAGGAAGGAUGAAGUACGUUCGUCCGAUUUACAGAGACCUCUACGCCUGGGAAGAUGUUAGGGAGCAAGCAAUAAAAAACUUCCUCGAAAAUGAACCUUCAAUGAUGCAUGUGUCAGCGUACACACUAAGAAAAGAUUUACAUCUCAGUGAAUAA